ACAGAACAUUCAGGCGCUCUUGUGCAAUUCAGCCCCAAACGAACCUGCGGCCAAAUUCCCAUCAAUGGUCCUCUAAUAGGAGGAUAAUUGUUUUCUUUCUAAAUGAGUUUGGAAGAAUUACAUAUUAAUGUGAUUUCGGGUUGAUUUAAAAGCCUCGCCGUAUUAUGUAAGGGACGUGGGAGUGUGUUAGAUUCGAACUGACAGGAGCUUCUGAGAAAAAAAUCUCCCCGAAGUUUUUUCCCCCCCUCGGUGUGCGUGUGGAAAGCUGUGCGUUUUCCGCGGCUCGGCGGGGACUAGAUAAAGCAGGACACAUCUGGGGGAGAGCAAGUCCACCCACUCCUGCCCGUACCUCACUCAUCUUCUUGUGCUCUUCUAUCCGCGCUCCUCGUCUGCGGAGAAGAUCCGCGGAACAGAGUGGAGCCGAGACUCGAGCGGGACUGAGGUCUUGUCACCACUAGUAACAGGACCUGUCGGACCUCAGUUUUUAUGCGUCUUUUGCUUAAUCUUCGCUCAAUAUGUUCACGAUGAAACGGGCCUUUCUGUUAGUGGUGGCUUUGUCGUUUAUAGCAGAUAACCAGUCGCUUCCAACGGUAAAAUCGGAGAGACGAGAGGAUUUGCUCAAGAGAUGCUUGGUAGAAGCCCUUUCCAUUGCACUUUCCAAAUCAGAAGCAACGCCAGGGCAUUCGGAGUGCAAAGAUCUCUUCAAAGGAGGUUCCAAGCCCAAUGAGCUGGUGAAGAAGAGCGAGGAGCAGGUGCCACUUCCUGAGGGGGAGGAUGGAGCCCAGGAGGCAUCGGAGCUGGAAGCCAUCCGAGAUCUCCUCAGGGAGAACGAGGAGAAGCGCGAGGAGGCUGAUGAUGAGCGGAGCCAGGAAGCGUUCCCCGGCUACAAGAAGAAGAGAUGGCAUCUACCGGGCGCGAAAAAAUGGGAGGAUCUGGGAGAGGACGAGCGAAGCCAGGAGGAGUUUCCUCAGUACCAGAAGAGAGGACACAGCCUUCUGUCAGAGAAGGAGAAACGUGAAGAGGCAGACGAAGAACGCAGCCAGGAGUCAUUUCCAGGAUACAGGAAGAGAUGGGAGGAGGAAGAUGAGGAACGUAGUCAAGAAGCGUUUCCAGGAUACAAGAAAAGAGGAGAAGAAGAUGAUGGAGAACGUAGCCAGGAAGCGUUUCCAGGAUACAAGAAAAGGGAAGAGAGCGCUGAAGAGCGUAGUCAGGAGGCGUUUCCAGAAUACAUGAGAAGACACCUUUCAGACCAACACAAGAGGGAAGAGGAAGAUGAGGAACGCAGUCAGGAGGCUUUCCCAGAAUAUGCCAUGAAGAGGCACCUUAAUCCGAAACGGGCUGAUGAUGAGGAUGAGGAGAGAAGCCAGGAGGCUUUCCCAGACUUCCUCCCCCAGAAGAGACACCAGGAGGAGGAAGAGGAGGAGGACAGAGAGAGGAGAUCUUGGAGAUCAACACGCCCACACCAGACAAGGCAUCACAAGCGUGGAGAUUUGUCUGAGGAUGAGGAGGAAGAGGAGGAAGAUGAGAUGGAUAGAGAGAGGAGGUCUUGGAGAGGAACAAAACACCAAACAAGGCACCACAAACGAGGAGCAGACGCACCUGAGGAGGAAGAGAAUGAGGAUGAAGACGAGAUUGAUAGAGAGAGGAGGUCGUCUUGGAGAUCGUCACGCCCACACCAAACAAGGCACCACAAACGAGGAGUAGACGCAUCUGAUGAGGAAGAGGAAGAUGGUGAAGAUGAGAUGGAUAGAGAGAGGAGGUCGUCUUGGAGAUCGUCACGCCCACACCAAACAAGGCACCACAAACGAGGAGUAGACGCAUCUGAUGAGGAAGAGGAAGAUGGUGAAGAUGAGAUGGAUAGAGAGAGGAGGUCAUCUUGGAGAUCGUCACGCCCACACCAAACAAGGCACCACAAACGAGGAGUAGACGCAUCUGAUGAGGAAGAGGAAGAUGGUGAAGAUGAGAUGGAUAGAGAGAGGAGGUCAUCUUGGAGAUCGUCACGCCCACACCAAACAAGGCACCACAAACGAGGAGUAGACGCAUCUGAGGAGGAAGAGGAAGAUGGUGAAGACGAGAUCAACAGAGAGAUAAGGUCUUGGAGAGGAACAAAACACCAAACAAGGCACCACAAACGAGGAGUAGAUGCAUCUGAUGAGGAAGAGGAAGAUGAUGAAGAUGAGAUGGAUAGAGAGAGGAGGUCUUGGAGAGGAACAAAACACCAAACAAGGCACCACAAACGAGGAGUAGAUGCACCUGAGGACAAAGAGGAAAAUGAUGACGAUGAGAUCGACAGAGAGAUCAGGUCUUGGAGAGGAACAAAACACCAAACAAGGCACCACAAACGAGGAGCAGACGCACCUGAAGAGGAAGAGAAUGAGGAUGAAGAUGAGAUGGAUAGAGAGAGGAGGUCGUCUUGGAGAUCGUCACGCCCACACCAAACAAGGCACCACAAACAAGGAGCAGACGCAGAACAGGAGGAGGAAGAGGAAGAUGGUGAAGAUGAGAUGGAUAGAGAAAGGAGGUCUUGGAGAGGAACAAAACACCAAACAAGGCACCACAAACGAGGAGCAGACGCAGAACAAGAGGAGGACGAGGUCGAUCCGGGGGUCCUAGAUGACGAGGAGCGUGAGGAGGCACUAAGGUACCUGGCCCAGAGGGGCAAGGAGCUGGGGGAGCGCCUACUAGCAGAAGAGGCAGAGGAGGAGCAAGAGGAGGCGCAUCAGCAGGAGAAGCGCAACCCCUGGAUCUAUCGAGGCUUCUACCACCCCGCUUGGUACAAGAGGAGCACCGCAGCAACCGCUGCCGCCACCAACAACCUCGCCCGCUUCCUCAACUACAAGAGGACCCAGCUGUCACACCUUGCGGUGCCACAGGGGGGCGCUGUGGCCCUGCAGGAAAGACCACUCACCCCAGAGGAGGAGAGGGAGCUGGCUAACCUGGCUGCCAUGGACCGGGAGCUAGAGCAGAUCGCCAGCAAGAUCCACAAGGGCCAGGAGAAGUGAUGGGUGUGGAGGGGACCCAAACACUGCUGAGAGAGACCGAAUGAGUUGGGGUUCCCCUUGCUGUUCUCCACGAUCUGACCAGGGUGUGCUGGCUUCCAGGCGCAGGACUGUAGAUAUAAACCUCCAUCGCUGUGGUGACUGUGACUUAUGGUAAAGUUUGUAAAAUCAAGUAGACAGCAACAUCAUCUACGUACAGUCUCUUUUGCUCUUCAGUUUGACGUUGGUGUGGCUCUGUGUGUGUGUGAUUGUUUCAGGUAAAGCCUUUGUAGACUCCCCGCUGUAGUUGUGACACUUACAAACCUGGAUGUGCAACAUGUAUGGUGUUCCCGCUUAUUCAUUUUCCACUUGAUAGGUACCGAUUUAAUUUUCCCAGAACAUACUGUUCCAUGAUAGGGCAACUUUGUAGUGGACACUAGGGUGGAUACGGACCAGUUCUGGCUCAGAGUCAGCACUGCUCUGGAAAAGUGAUGGUUAAAACCAUUCAGUAGACGAGUUUUGAGCAUUCUAUUAAAAAAUGCGUUCAACAUCUAAGAUUCUUGAAUUACAGGAUGGGCCCAGAUACUCCUUAGAAUGUUUGACAACAUUUCAAACACAAGUGUGACUGUGGCUGUUGAUGGGUUAUAUAAUCGGACUGCACACCCAGUACUGUCUGGAGAUCAGUGAUGGGAACUAGUAGUUUAGCCACAUCCUUAUUUUUAUGAAGCUGAACAAGAAAUGAAUGGAAAACUGUAUAAAACCUAAAAUGCACACACGUCUUGUCAAUGCCUCUGCUGUGUCAAACUUCGUACUUUGUGAAACUUUUUCGACGUUUGAGAAAACUUAACAGCAUGGGAAUGAUUAACCAAUCUGACUUUUGUGAUGACUAUGCUCUUUGCUUGUAUGUUCAAAGUUCUCUAUGAUGUUCUGUAUGUUUGUGUUUGUUUCCAAGUCUGUUGUUGAUGAAGUAAUUUAAUAAAAUGAAUUAUUC